UUUGUCUUACAAAUUCAAUGCACUGUCACAUUUCCAAAAUGCCAUUCCUCAUUGUGUCAUUCUAAUAGAUCUCAUUGACUAGUCAUGCAUCUUGUUAGUUGAGCGUAUUGAGCCAUGUUUUAAUUGAAGUUCUCAAAUAGGUUUAAAAUCACACCAGUAUUCAACAGAUCAUAUUUUUUAUAGUGGUCACUGUGGAAAGUCCCAUGUUACAAUGGUACAGUAUACAGGGACACUAGAAGAUUAAAGAGAAAUUACAAUCGAGAUUACAUGAAGGUAGCACAUUAUAUACAGGUCCCAUUCCACAGCAGAGUACUUAAAAUUGUACACAUUUGUGGAGACCUUAUCAUUAAAAAAUGUUUAGCAAGGCCACCACAACACUAAUCAGAAAGAGACAGUUAUGUAAGAACAAAUAAUGACAACGGUUGAUAGUAGAUGCAGACGCAUAUCAAUUUUCCUUGCUGUUGUUGAAACAAUUUGGUCGGUUUCUUAGUUGCAGAUGUGUUUCAUGCAACCUGCUUUUAUUAAUUUCCUAUUUUUGUGCUUCUGCAACUCUUUUAAUUAGAACAAUUAAAACGUUAAUAAUGCACUUUUGAAAUGGAUUCCUAUCUUAAUUUAAAGGUGAUAAUAGCUUAAGGAUCCGCGUUUUCUUGUGGGUUUUUUGUAAAUCGAUGGUGUUAAACAUACCAUAUUUUAACAUACAGAGAUCUAGUACGGUUAAAAAAAACACAUUGCUAUCCCACAUGGUUUCGUUACAAGAAACAAAGACCACAGACUAAAAUCGUGAAUGUGUCGAGAUUAUUAGUUUUCUUGUAUUCUUCUUUCCUCGUUAGCCACGCGUGUUAGUGAGUCAGAGAAGGUGGCAUGGCGCCGCUCUCGCGUGGUGCCCCAGGGGAGUCGAAGGGGGUGGGGAGGCUCAGACGAUGACGUAGCGUGCCGGCUGUUUCAGUCGGAAGCUGGUGCAGGAGCGGAGCAUGAAGGAGGAAAAUGACCGACAGUGACCUCCACAGAACCGUGUGUGGUUGCGGUUUGAUGCAUUUUCCACCUUUUUAAAGUGCAAACAAACACGUAGCCUUCACCUGGAACUGAACGUCCAUCACACUCCACCAUCUCUCUCAAUCCUCCAUAAAAUCACUGUGAAGUUAAACCGUGAAAGAGCUGCUUUUUUUCCUUUCUUCUUUGCUUCACCUUUGCCUGUGUGCCUGUUCUCUGCCCCGCGUGUAAUUAUGGACACCACCGCGGAGCAAAACGGAGCAGGUCCUUCUUAUGCGAAUGGAUUGCAAAACGGAUUUUGCCCAGCGCAGCUAAGCAACGGGAGCUGCAGCUCAAUCAUUGCCAGCGCUAGUAGUAGCAGCAGCGGUGGCCAUAGUGGCAUCGACAGUUUCCACCAUCUUCACCAGGACCUACACAAUAAUGGAUCCCCGGCGAAAAAGUGUCGACUUCGGAGGAGGAUGGAUUCGGGAAAGAAGAACAGACCGCCCUUUCCCUGGUUCGGGAUGGAUAUCGGCGGCACCCUGGUUAAGCUGGUCUACUUCGAGCCGAAGGACAUCACCGCAGAGGAGGAGCAGGAGGAAGUGGAGAACCUGAAGAGCAUCCGGAAGUACCUGACCUCCAACACGGCCUACGGCAAGACGGGCAUCCGCGACGUCCACCUGGAGCUGAAGAACCUGACCAUGUGCGGCCGCAAGGGCCACCUGCACUUCAUCCGCUUCCCUACGCAGGCCAUGCACCGCUUCAUCCAGAUGGGCAGCGACAAGAACUUCUCCAGCCUGCACACCACGCUAUGCGCCACAGGAGGGGGCGCCUACAAGUUCGAGGAGGACUUCCGAACGAUGGCAGAUCUGGAGUUGCUGAAACUCGACGAGCUGGACUGCCUCAUCCAGGGCCUCCUCUACGUUGAUUCUGUUGGGUUCAAUGGGCAUCCAGAGUGCUACUUCUUCGAAAACCCUUCAGACCCCCAGAACUGUGUGAAAAGACCCUGCAGUCUGGAUAAUCCCUUCCCUAUGCUACUGGUGAACAUAGGCUCAGGGGUCAGCAUUCUGGCUGUUUAUUCCAAGGACAGUUAUAAACGUGUCACUGGGACCAGUCUAGGAGGCGGGACAUUCCUGGGGCUGUGCUGCCUGCUGACAGGCUGCGAGACGUUUGAGGAGGCGUUGGAGAUGGCAGCCAAGGGGAACAGCACCAAUGUGGAUAAACUAGUGAAGGACAUUUACGGGGGAGAUUACGAGCGAUUUGGACUGCAAGGGUCUGCUGUCGCAUCCAGCUUUGGCCACAUGAUGAGUAAAGAGAAACGGGACACAAUCAGCAAGGAAGACCUUGCCAGAGCCACCCUCGUCACCAUCACCAACAACAUCGGCUCCAUCGCUCGCAUGUGCGCGGUAAACGAGAAAAUAGAGAGGGUAGUUUUUGUUGGGAAUUUCCUCCGGAUCAACAUGGUGUCCAUGAAGCUACUGGCAUAUGCCAUGGAUUUUUGGUCAAAAGGACAGCUGAAGGCUUUAUUCCUGGAGCAUGAGGGCUACUUCGGAGCUGUGGGUGCUCUCCUGGAAUUAUUAAAAAUGACGGACGAUAACUAAGGAAAGAAGCUGCUGAAGAAAGAGACGAAAAACUGUACAAGAUAAAGCUGCUGGAAUCCUGUAAAGAAAGCCACUAUCCGAAAUGGAAAAGCCAUUUUCUAAUUUAAAACUGUAAAUAUUAAUUCCUUCCCAUGGUACCCAGAGAUUUUUAUGAACUAAUAUAAAUUAUAACAUAGUAUGCAUUAAGAGGAAAAUCCAUGAACUGUGAAACCUCUCCUGAUACUGUAAAUAUGUAUUUUUUAGAAAGUGCGCUAAGGCCAAAAUCUACUGACAUUUUGUUUGUCGUAAUUUUUCAAUUUUAGUUACAAUUGUUUUAUGCAAGUUUUGACUUUUUAGAGGAGGACCUUUUUGAGAAAAUGGACCUAUUAUAACCCGUAGGUGUACUUUUUGGGAUUUAUCCCAAGAGCUCCAUUUUGAUCACCAUGUUCAUUCAGAAUGAGCCCCAUUUAAGGCUUCAGAAUUCCCUCUGUACCUACACUUUCAGGCAUUUAAGGGAUGUGGGAGAGAAGUCAGUUGUUAAUAAUAAUAUCCAGGACAACCAUUCCUCUGUUUUUUUAUAUUACUAUCUGAAUGAAAUACUCAAUUUUUUCACUCUGGUAAAUGCUGUUCCAGGAGAUGGCUGAUUCAAGAUGGCCAUUUUGAAAUUAACUCUCAACUGGAUGGACUGUUGAGUAUUGACUGGGAGCACUGAAAAAUCCAAGGCAUCCUUUGUGGUUACUAUGACCAAUGUUACAUUCUCAGCCCCUUCUGGGGGUUUGAUCUCAGUCACUCCUGGCUCCAAGCUGGAUGUGGCUCCACUCCCUAGGUUGUCUAGGACAUUUCUCUGCCACUACAGAGUACUAUUCUGUUUAGAUUUCACACUUCUGUAACUUUCUCAAUGCACUGAGCCUCUUUACAUUACCUUCCUUAUUAGCUUUACUACAUGCUGCGUUUUGAUGAUACGAUAUCACCUGAAAUAAUACCUGAAUUGGUAGUCGAGCCUGCAGGAGUAUGCCAAAAAUUUGCCCACAUUUCUGCCAAACAAUAGGUCCAUUUUUUCUUUCUUUCUUCUGGGUGUACUUUUAAUCAGAAUGUGUUUUUUUUUUCUUUAGAAAAAUGUAAUGAGUACCCUGGGAGAUUUUAUCAUGUUACUUUUUGGUUAAUUUUCAUGACAUUUCAUGAUCUUUCUUGGUUUCAAAUGAAACUACAAAGCAACCCUGUGAACUACUGGAAGUCAGACACUUUACUGCCUUUUUUAAAAUGGGUAUUUGGGACGUUUGACCUUUCUUUGAUCUGGCUUCACAAAGGUGACCCAGAAGAGCUACCCGUCACGCCUGUUGGUGUUUCUCAUGUCGUGCCCUUUCACCAGACACAGGUCUGCAUCCUUUCCUGCAGUAAAUGAUUGAAUCAAAGGCUGAAAAAGCUACAACCUUCCUGACAAAACUGUGAUUCAAAAAGCUGUUUCAUCUCCUACUUAAGAGAUGUUUGGAUUGUUGGUCCUGAACCUUUCGUCUGUAGGGUUUUCAUCCCUUUACUUAGGCCGCAAAGAUGAUCAAUUGUCAUCUCAACUCUAAAAUGUAAAGAAGUUUUAUUUUGUAGAUAUAAAAGAGAAAACAUUAGAAAAUAACCAUAGUAGUAGAAAGUCCUAUAUGUUUGAAUUGAAUGUUUCAUUUAGUAGAUAUAUAAGGUAUUCAUAAACAAAAAAUGGAUUCAUGUGAUUCAAUACAAUAUAUUGAGUUUUUUUUUAAAUUGUAACAGUUGUGAAUUAAAACUCUUUAAUACUACACGAAAAGACAGAUGAUAAUGUUAGAGAUAACAGGACAGUACUUCUAAAAUCACUAAUACACCCUAAUGAAUGCCUUCUGUUCAAUUUUUAAGAGAUGGUAUUUUCCUCAGCUUGAUAGGUGCCACAUUUCUUAACGGACUUAAUAAACAUACUCAAUUGUACAGGCCAAAUUGUGCCACUACCAGUCUAACCUCCAAGCUAAAAAUAUUGUAUAGGUUGCCUUUAUCAAAGCAAAGGUUUAUGAUUCAUCCUUUCGGGCGACUUCGGUGCCGUAUCGUUUUUGUUCGCUGAUUCAUGUGUGGUUUCUGUUAUGGUCUUGUGGAAUUGAAUGGUUUAAAGUGUUUUGCCAUUCUGCUAGGACAUCUGCAGCGUUUCAGUAUGUUCACGUUUUAACUGUACAGCUAGUACAGAAUCUGUCUGAUGAUUCACUGGCUGGUUACAGUAUUAGUUGAAAAGCUUUAGCGACCUUCAAAAUUCUUUGCAUUUUACAUUGCAACAUUGCAACGGUUGUCAUGGUUCUCACGGGUCCUAGAACAAUGGCAAACUUAAAUUCUAUGGCAACUCUAUAGUUGAAACAUCAUGGUAAACAAUUUUAAGUGAGUGAAUGAGCUAUGGAAUAGAUUAACUCUCUACUACCAGAGCCAAAAAAAGCUGCCAUUAUGUAUUAUGUUGUAGAAUGUUCUAUAUUACAUAGUGUCAUAAGUUUAAGAAAUUCAGUAGGUUUAUGUAUGAGGGGCGAUACUAUAACUGUACAGUGCCAGAGGCAAAAAGCUAGACUGUCUUUGUAAAUACAAUACAGAUGUUAUCUUAUUUAACAUCUUACAUACCAGGGGAUCCCAGAGCCCACUAUAAAAUUAAAAACAAAACAGAUGCAAUACCAAGUCCAGUUAGGAGCAAUUACAUAAAUGACCAACUAAAUGAAAGGCUUUCAAUUUAAUUUUAAAAUAGUCUGUUGUAUAAGGAUUUCUAAUGUGGAUGGUGAGGGAGGUUCAGCACAGCGAGGAUAACAACUGAAUGCCUCAAUCUGACUGACUGAGGAUAGUGUUAGGUUGCGAUGAGUAAAUCUACAUUCUCAGUGAACAAUUAGUUGCAUAUGGGUGAGGUGCCUUAAAAUGCAAACUGAUCUGAAAAUAGUAACAGUGCCAUCAAACGUUAUGCUGAAAGAAUAAGAUUUCGGUAAUCUGUUUAGAUUACAACAGCAUCUCUAUUUUAUAUGGAUUUAAUAUAAACCAAUUAAUAAUCAUCCAUGACUGGAUUUUAGUUAGGUAAUGUACAAGAAAAGGCUUAGCUAUUUUUGAUUUGGAUUGGAACCAUCACUUAAAUAAGUGAAUGACCAAUUUAGAAGUGAAAUACAAGUGUACAUUUCCUGAUAAUAUCACCAAGUGACAUCAUAGAUGUAAUGAAGUGACCAAAGGUCCCAAGAUCAUGCCCUGGGGAACACUAAAAGAGCAGCUCAGCAUUCCAAGCUAGAAGUUUAAGAAGCUCCAGACUGAGCAACAAGGAUCCUAAACUAGAACUCUGUGGAAAGCUAGAUUUAACAGCUUCCAAUGCUAUUGCUGUACUGAGUUCAUAGAAUCCCAAUCCAAAAUCUAGGGACAAAUCAUAAGAUAAAAUGAGUUUGAAAGAUGAUGGGUGUAGCAAUGAGUCCAGAUUUAAAGUACAGGUAACAGCAUUCUCAGGGAAAGAGUGGUGGCCAAGCUAACAAUAUGAAGUCACUAACAUGACUAAGAUCAGACAGAGCAAGAGGAUUUCAAUUCAGUAAAGGAAGAUAAAAACAGUGAGGUGUUGACAAUCUCAAAUACAUACCAUUCCGGGAGUCCAUCUUCAUAAGGUAUGGAAGUAAUCCCAGUGUGAGAAUUCUGAUUUGUGACUCUCGUCCUGUGAAUAUACAGGCUUAUCUGCUUCACAUUUUGAGGGUUUAUCCCAAAUGUCUUUCAUAACACUGAAUCUUAGCUAACAAUUGUAUGUUCACAGCCAAUAGUCACAUCCCCUUUAAACAAAAAUAUUAAUAGAAGUAUCUGUUAACAACCCUAUUUUUCUCUCUGAUCUCUUCAUGUGUGUACUUUAUUAAAAGAUUCUACUUAUGCCAGCUUCUUUUUAUGAGAAUCAAGUGUGUGAGGAUAUCAGCUUCUGAUAUAGGUUUUGCAUUUACUAAUCUUUUCUUUUAAUUUGCAAAAUUCUCUGAAACUACUGUAGCAGUUUUUUAAGGCAGGACUCUACUGGGUUGAUGUGGACUACUUGAGAUCUGCAUUAUAAGCAUGUCCUCCUGCUGUUAAGCAGACAUGCUCUAACUGAAACACAUGAAUAGCAUUAUGUUAGGUAACAAGUUUGUAAUAUUACAAGGCAAUAUUCACUACACUUAUACAGUAGCCUAAUUACUGUACAGUACUUUUAAAGAGUGUUCGCUAAGAUUGUUUUCACUGCAGAAUUUUUUUGGAAACCAAGUAUUUGGGGCUGCUCUAAAAGUGUAUCUUUGAAGUUGCCAAAUAUAUGUAGGAUCCAUAUGUUAAAACCUUAGUUAAGGUAGGCAUGCUAGAAUAUAGCUCUGUAGAAUACAAAAGAUCUAUUAAACACAAACUUUCUUUAAGAAAUUUACUCACUGAAAAUUGAUUUUGAAAUGUUUUAAACAUCUUUGUUUCAGUAGUUUUUGAUGUAACUCAAUCAGUCGAAGUGUGAUCUUCUCUUGUUAACAACAUGCUAUGCAGGUGAAUCGCUAGUGAUCCGAUAUCAGUGUUUCUGUAGUACUGCAAGGUUAUUGUAAAAGUGUGAUAAAUUUAACACUGUUUUGUCAAAGUUCUCAUUACAUCUGGGAGUUAUCCAACACAAUGAUUAUAUGUGGAGAGUCCUAUUUUUUAAAUAAAGUAAUCUAAUAAAAUGUGAAGCAUUUUCGUUUCUUCUAAA